UAGGCCAACUUAGUAGGCUACAAAACUUAUUUAUAAAGAAGCAUAACUUACAAUUCCGUUCACGCAUAUCCAACAUUCCAUUUCUCAUCAUGGACUUUUUUAUUCCCUCCUCUCUUCUUUUCAUCAUUUUCUUCAUUUUCUCAUUGUUGAACACUCUUAAUGGUUCAAACUCCAAGUCCCUCAAAAUCCUACCACCGGGACCAUGGAAACUGCCUCUUCUAGGCAAUAUUCACCAAUUUGUAGGGCCACUUCGCCACCAAACUCUGAGAAACUUAGCUAACCAACAUGGUCCCUUGAUGCUCCUACAACUAGGUGAAAAGCCACACAUUAUAGUCUCUUCAGCAGACAUUGCCGAAAAAGUUAUGAAAACUCAUGAUGUCAUCUUUGCUAACAGGCCUCAUAUUCUUGCUUCCAAAUUCUUUCUCUAUGAGAACAGUGAUAUAGCUUUCUCUUCCUAUGGAAAAACUUGGAGGCAACUGAAGAAAAUAUGCAUUUCACAGCUGCUAAAUGCAAAGCACGUUCAAUCAUUGAGGCACAUAAGAGAAGAUGAGGUGUCAAAACUAGUUGAAAACAUUCAUGCAAAUGAAGGAUCAGUUAUCAAUCUUAGCAGGGAAAUUGAGAUCAUGACAAAUGCUAUAAUUGUUAAGGCAGUGAAUGGUAAAAGGUGUGAGGACCAAGCAACUUUGCUAUCAACGAUGGAGAAAAUGUUAGAGCUGUUGGGAGGUUUCUCGAUCGCUGAUUUCUACCCUUCAAUCAAAGUGCUUCCUUUGCUUACAGGAAUGAAAAAUAAACUUGAAAGGGCACAGAGAGAAAAUGAUAAGAUCCUAGAGAAUAUGGUUAAGGAUCACAUGGAAAAUAAUAAGAACAGCAAGAAUGAGGAUUUUAUUGAUAUUCUUCUCAAAACUCAGAAGAAAGAUGACUUGGAAAUUCCAUUGACUCACAACAAUAUCAAAGCAAUUAUUUGGGACAUGUUUGUUGGGGGAACUGCUGCACCAACAGCAGUGGCAGUAUGGGCAAUGUCAGAACUGAUGAAAAACCCGAACGUGAUGGAGAAGACACAAGCCGAGGUAAGAAACGUUUUUAAUGUAAAACACUACGUAGAUGAAACCGACCUUGGACAGUGCGAAUACUUAAAAUCAGUGAUAAAAGAAACCAUGAGGCUACACCCUCCUGAAGCACUUCUAGUCCCAAGAGAAAACCGUGAGUCAUGUGCCAUCAAUGGAUUCGAAAUCCCCGCAAAGAGCAAAGUCAUUAUCAAUGCAUGGGCCAUUGGGAGGGAUCCUAAGUAUUGGCACCAUGCAGAGAGGUUUUCACCUGAGAGAUUCAUUGGUAAAAGUUUUGAUUUCAGUGGCACAAGUUUUGAGUACAUACCCUUUGGUGCUGGACGUAGAAUAUGUCCAGGGGCUACAUUUUCCGUGACCAUCAUCAUGCUUUUACUGGCCAAUUUGCUUUAUCAUUUUGAUUGGAAAAUGCCGAAUGGGACAAAACACCAUGAGCUGGACAUGUCUGAGUCUUUUGGCCUCACAGUUAAGAAAGCUUCUGAUCUUUGCUUGGUUCCCACUCCUUAUCAACUCUGUCCGCACAUGUGGUAGUAAAUUCAAGACAGGUCUUGUUAUACUUUUAGUAGCAGUACUGUAUUUUAUUUUAUUAGUUAAAAAUCGUCAGUAUCAUUCAUUAAAUAUGAGUGGAGGUUAUGGAAUUUAGGAUUGUUAUUAAGAGUUUAAUACUCAUAUCCUAAUAUGUUAAGUAUCUUUAUAUUAUUAAUCAAUUAGAUAUUAGUUAAAA